AUGCCGUUUGGAAAGAGUCACGAAAUCAUACUUGGGAUAGCUAGUCGGGGUGUUUGGGCAUACUUUUCGGAAGCAAAGAUUAUCGGUAGCGAAAACGUACCUGAGACUGGACCUGUUAUUCUUGCGUGUACACAUCAUGCCAUGGCAGUAGACGCUGCGGUUUUGUCUUGGGCCGUUCCCCAUCAUCGCCGUGUUCAUUAUUGGGCCAAAUCAUCUUUGUUCAAGAACCCAAUCGCUAAAUUCGUUCUGACCAAUUCUGGUGUUCUGCCCGUCGAUCGAAAGAAUAAAGACAACCAAGUCCUCUUCCGAGCCACGUUUGAGGCACUUGCCCAAGGAGAAAUUGUUGGAGUGUUUCCAGAGGGUACCAGCUAUACAGAGCCUCAGAUUGUUCAAGUCAAAGACGGUGUAGCUUGGUCCGCGUUGGAAUACAUGAAAUGGAACCGUCUAAAGAAGGAAAAAGGAGAAAAGACACAUCCAGAUGCGGUGGUGAUUCCUGUCGGGAUUGUUUACACAGAGAAAAGCAGAUAUCGAAGCGGUGUGAUUGUCGAAUUCGGCAAACCUAUCACUGUGGAUCAAUACGAGGCUCAGUUUCUCUCUGAUGAGGAGGGCGCUCCACGAGCUUGCGCCAAAGACCUUACCAAACGAAUCAAGUCGCAAAUGUUAUCAUUGACAAUAAAUGCGCCUGAUUGGGACACUUUGUAUUCCGCAAAGAUGGCUCGCUCAUUGCUCUGGCCUCGUGCAAGAUCACUCAGUCUUGAUGAUUUUGUGCCAGUAUCACAAGUUCUCAUAGAUGCAUUCUCGGACCCAGAUUCAUCACCACUAUUCGAAUCAACAAAGAAGGCUCUUUUGACCUAUUAUUCGCUUCUGGAAUCAUCGAAACUUACUCAUGAGGCACUGGCGGACUUACCCCUUCCGAGAACUUUGGACCCAUCUGUCGACACCCCUCUUCCUUCCCGACUGUCUACAUUGGCUGUUCUGCUCAAAGAUACUAUCGCUACUACAAUCCGGCUUCCAUUCUUUGUUCUUCCGGCAUUGAUACAUAUUCCAGCAUAUAUAUUGUGCCGCUUACUUGCACGGAUGGUCGAAGAGGAGGAAGAGAGCCAAGCACAGAUGAAGAUAUUUGGUGGAAUAUUUGCUAUGGCGAUAAUGACCUAUCCGGUUAUUUUCCUGUUCCUAUGGGCGUUCCUUUGGCUUACGCCUGUCGGAGCACUCCUAGCAGCGGGUUUAGUCUGGUUGCUCGCAGUAUACCACGUGAGCAUCAUUGACGACAAUUAUGAACACGCUAAGCAAUUCAUGGCCGCAUGGAGAGUUUUAAUUGGGGUUUGGGGUCCCAGGAGUUGGGAUCUUUCUCGUGCAGCAGUUGAACCAUGGACCAAGCCGCGUGAACGUCCAGCAAACGAAUGGAUCAUGCCAGCAUCCGUAGAUACCAACCCCCCUGUAACCAAAGUGAAGCAGGAUGAGGCCGGAGGUGUUCCAAAGGUCGUUCCUCCAAAGCCAACCUCGAUCCAUCCCAAGGGGAAGAAGCGACCGGCCAGCCGUGGUUUGAUCCGUCACGUACUCCGCGCCCGACUUCAUGCGUCUCGGGCAUUGGCUAGCUACCUUGAGGAACUACAACGCUCUGAUAGUUUAUUGCCUGCGACCCAGCGUAUUGCUCAGCUGGACGUUGGAUUGUCUUCCAAGUUGGGCGAUGGCGAGGAUAUUCCUAGGAGACACGCUCACGCUGUAAUCAACUAUUUGCGAGGCAAGGGUGCAAAGAUUUCCCAGCUUAGUCACGAUGAUUCAAGUGAUUGGGCUGCCCUUAACUCCGAUGGAGAGUUUGACACACCUUAUGAAGAACGCUCAGAAGAUACUCUCACUUGGGUGCCACCUCAGUCUUCCAGGAACUAA